AUGAGGGUCUUGGUGGUCUUGGCAACGUUUCUGGCCAUUGCGUUUGGCACCGACACCUUUGAGGGUCAUCAGGUGCUAAGGAUCACGGCCGUUGAUGAAGUCCAAGUGGAGAAGGUGAAGGAGCUGGGAGCCCUGGAGGAUCUUCAGUUGGAUUUCUGGCAAGCGCCAGCUCAUCCUGAGCUCCCCAUAGAUGUGCGUGUCCCCUUGCCCAGCCUCCAAAGGGUCAAGAUCUUUCUGGAGUCCAAUGACAUCCAAUACUCCAUCAUGAUCAACAAUGUUCAGAAACUGGUUGAUGAGGAGAAGAGCCACAUGAUGCUCCAGCGCCAAGUGCAAGAAAUGUCACUUGCAACUUUUAACUAUACUGCUUACCACAACUUGGAUACAAUCUAUAGCUUCAUGGACCUCCUGGUGCAUGAGAAAUCCCCGCUGGUCAGUAAAAUCCAGAUCGGUCAGACAACUGAAGGACGCCCAAUCAACGUCUUGAAGUUUAGCACGGGGGGAACCAACCGCCCGGCCAUCUGGAUUGACACUGGCAUCCAUGCCCGUGAGUGGAUCACUCCAGCCAGCGGAGUUUGGUUUGCAAAGAAGAUCGCUGAAGAUCAUGGGAAGGAUCCUUCCCUCACUUCCAUCCUGAAUAAGUUCGAUAUCUUCCUCGAAAUCGUCACCAACCCGGAUGGUUUUGCCUUCACACAUACCAAGAACCGUAUGUGGCGUAAGACCAGAUCUGUGAGAAGUGGGACAUCUUGUAUCGGAGUGGACCCCAACAGGAACUGGGCAGCAGGCUUUGGAGGAGCUGGCUCCAGUGGGAACGCUUGCUCUGAGACGUACCGUGGACCCUAUGCGGAGUCAGAGCCAGAGGUGAAAGCCAUUGUGGACUUCGUACGGUUUCAUGGCAACAUCAAGGCCUUCAUCUCCAUCCAUAGCUACUCCCAGCUUCUCCUCUAUCCUUAUGGUUACACCAAGGAGCAAGCUGCAGAUCACCUGGAGCUGGACGCUCUUGCUAAGAAGGCAAUCACGGCUCUGGCUUCCCUGUACGGGACCAAAUAUAGAUAUGGCAGCAUCAUCAAAGCUAUCUACCAAGCGAGCGGAGGCACAGUUGACUGGACCUACAACCAAGGCAUUAAAUAUUCCUACACGUUUGAGCUGAGAGACACAGGCCGUUACGGGUUCAUGCUCCCGGCUAACCAGAUCAUUCCAACUGCAGAGGAGACCUGGCUUGCCCUGAUGGUCAUCAUGGAGCACACGCGGGACCACCCCUACUAA